CCAAACUCCCAAGAAAAAGAAACAAAACCCAAGUAAAAAGAACGUCCCCUCAUUAAAUCAACCAAUCAAAACGCACACAUGCAUCAGAAAGAUCACUGACGUGUACAAAACGGCGGCUUUACCACAUGCAUCUUCUUCACCGACCUUCCGACCUCUUCUUUUUUUUAUUCUCUCUUCUAUAUAUACUGCCAUUCCACAUUUUCCAUUUAACUUCCAAUUCCAGCAGAAAUCUUCUUUCAUCCAAAACCCAAAUCUCCGAAUUCAAUUGCAGUCGAAAAUUCUCUCUACUCCUUUUGAUUUUCAAAUCGAAAUGGCUCGUACUAAGCAAACCGCUCGUAAAUCAACUGGUGGCAAGGCACCUAAAGUGGGAGUGGGAAAAACACUAAGAGCGAAUGCUGGGGGUGCUAAUGUUGGUGUAGCUGUGAAGAAGCCAAAGAAGGCUCAUCGUUUCCGUCCCGGAACCGUCGCACUUCGUGAGAUUCGCAAGUACCAGAAGAGCACUGAGCUAUUGAUCCGCAAACUCCCCUUUCAGCGUCUUGUUCGCGAAAUUGCUCAAGAUUUCAAGAGUGAUUUGAGGUUCCAGAGCCACGCUGUGCUUGCACUCCAGGAGGCAGCAGAAGCAUACCUUGUGGGUUUGUUUGAGGAUACCAAUCUGUGUGCAAUUCAUGCUAAGAGGGUCACCAUCAUGCCCGGAGACAUUCAGUUGGCUCGUCGUAUUCGAGGCGAGCGUGCUUAACAACCUAAUUAGGAUCAUUAAUUAGCACCUACCUAGCUUUUUCAAGGGACAAUUAAUUGAUUGAUAUGUAGAUAGAUAGAUGCGCGCAGUAUAAAAAUAGUACAAUUGAGUAUGGUUUUAGAAUAAGAUCGACAAUUAAUGGAGAUGGAAUAAAUUUGCAUUUCAUCUUUAGGAUUUUGAGAUUCUAAAUUUGCAGACUAAUAUUCUGUAAUUGUCUUGAACCAAUAAUCAAUAAUUUUGCAUUUUAUUUCA